AUGAUUAGUUUUUAAUAAGUGAUAAAUUUUAGAGAAAUUCUACUCUGUUCAACUUUGAGUGAGAGGCCAGUUAAAAUAGAGUUCUCACAAUAUCCAGGUCCUCAUUUGCAGACAAUGUUAAAAUUAUUGCAAUUAAUUUAGACUGGAUGCAAGAUAGAUGUCAACACGAAGGGCAUUAUCUAUAUCCCAGGAAUCAUAACAAAUCAAGACGGCAUGUUGCAAACUUACAAUUGUGGUGUUGACAGGUCAAUAUCCUAUUAUUUGGAAAUCCUAUUGAUUCUGAGUUUAUUUGGCAAAGCCCCUUUAAAUAUAGAAUUGAACGGCAUCACAAAUGAUUAGACUGAUUAAUCAGUGGAUUCCAUAAUAAAUGCAUACAUUCCUCUGAUAAAGAAGUUUGCUCCAGAAUGGGAAGUCUCCUUGAAGGUUACUAGAAGGGGAUUUUAGGCAGGAACUGGAACUGUAAUCUUGCAUUCUAAGCCUAUAAGAUAGAUUUAGGCAACUACCUUGAUUGAGAGGGGACCCAUUUGCAAAAUUCGAGGAGUCUGUUCAGGUAGUAAGGUGGCUCCUAAUCUUUUGAAUAGAGUUGUGAGUCAAUGUAGAAAUGUGUUCAAUGAUUAUAUUCCUGAUGUGUGGGUGCACACUGAUUUACAGAAAUCUUAAAAAGGGGUGGAGUUUCAAAGUGGAUAUGCAGUUUCAUUAGUUGGGGAGAGCACUAAUGGAUUAUUUAUAUCGUGUGAUUGUGAAUAUUCGAAUGAACUCAAUGAUCCCGAGAAAGUAGGGGAAACUGCUGCGUUGAGAUUGUUAGAUGAAAUUAAAAAUAGUGGAUGUUGUGAUACCACUUAACAAUAAUAUGCCUUGUUGUUGAUGGCUGUUAGUCAGAGGAAAGUGAGUCAAAUAAAAUUGGGAAGGAUUUCAACGCAUACUAUUGAAACUCUUAGGAUUAUUAGAUCCAUUUUAGGUGUCACUUUCAAUGUAGAGGAAUCAGUAUUUUCUUGUAUCGGAUGUGGACUAAUAAAUUUGUCAAGAUUAACACAAUGA